UUCCCGUCAUUUCAAAUUCUAGGCAUCGGCCAGAUGUUUGCUACAGUUAUUGUACUGUAUGCUGCAAAACUAUUGGGGAUAAUUCAGUUUCCAGACAUUUCAAGGGAUAUACCAAGAAAAAUAUGGCCUUUACCAAUCUUGUAUCUGGGAAACUUGGUGUUUGGUUUAGGAGGAACAAAGAAACUCAAUUUGCCAAUGUUCACAGUACUGCGAAGAUUCUCAAUAUUCCUAACAAUGGUUUUAGAAUAUCUCAUUUUAAGUAUACGCCCUAGCUUUAUGGUACAGUCAACAGUGUGUGCCAUGAUAGGUGGUGCUGUAAUAGCUGCAAGUGAUGACAUGGCAUUCAAUUUAAUUGGAUACGUCUACCUUAUGGCUAAUAACGUCUGCACUGCUGCUAAUGGCGUGUAUAUCAAGAAGAAGCUAGAAGCCAAUGAACUUAAUAAGUAUGGCCUACUAUUCUACAACUCGUUAUUCAUGCUUGGACCAUGCAUGUUCUCCGUUUGGUUCUCUGGUGACUGGAAACUGGCUUUGGACUUUGAAGGCUGGAGUAGUCCAUGGUUUGUUUCCCAGUUUCUCAUAUCUUGCGUGAUGGGCUUUAUUCUCAUGUACUCUGUUGUCUUGUGUACAGCCUACAACUCUGCCCUCACUACUACCAUUGUUGGCUGCCUCAAGAAUAUGUUUGUUACUUACACUGGUAUGAUCGUUGGAGGCGACUAUAUCUUCAGCUGGACAAACUUCAUCGGUCUUAAUAUAAGCGUUGCAGGGAGCCUGGUGUACGCUUACGUAACGUUUGUACAACCGCCAAAAAUAAGGAAAGAGGUGCAAGACCAGAUAACAGGAGUAUAGUAUAACGCCAUGUUGUGGUAGAAAUCAUCGAAUUUGAUCGGUUCUCGUGCGGAUUUUCUACUUCACGGAAUUGGUUUCAACUGUUCUUUCACCGCGCAACUCCAUUUAUAACCAGGCACGUGGCGGUAUUCUGUGGUUGUACAUAGACUGCGGUUGUUCAUAUGUGCGGUUGCACAUAUUCUGUGGUUUGUGUCAUAGGCGGCUGUUAUCACGUGUAUAUUGCUCGCUGUUAUUCCACGAUGCGAAUGUCUACCCGUGGCUUAGGGAAAUUCUCUAAAGUGAUCUACUUAUUGGUGGCUUGGUUGUUUGAUGCUGCAUAAUGCGAGGGCGUGGCCACUCAACUACGUAUUAUAUAAGCAGUGCUACAUGAAUGUUCGAGGGAAAUGCACAAUAAUGUAUAUUAUAGACUUACUAUUACUUGGCAGGAAGUUACCAGGUUUGAAGUGUGAUGCGUUAACUGUGAUGGUGCCCAUUUAAGUCGGUGAGAAAUGCUACGGGGACAAUUGCAUUUGCAUCUAGUGGCCUAGCAUACAUCACUAUCAUCAUGUAUAAGAUCAGGAGUACACGAAGAGAGAUGCAUCACUAUUUAUUACGCCUGAUAAGAUAACACACACACGCACACGCACACACACACAGAAACACACACGCACGCACGCACGCACGCACACACACACACA